AACCCCCAGUUCCCUCCUGCUUCAAUUUUUUGAGGACCUUAGUAAAAUGACUUUCCCCAGAAUUCCUCUGUGCUUCCUAAGAUCUGCUCCUAUCAUGUCCUGACCUGUCUAGCACUUUCUCCUUCUCCUGUUGCUCUCAUCCCAGGCCUUACUUGCCAAGGGGCAGGUGUCAAAAUCUCUGGUCUCCUGAAACCCUUCCUCCUACUUAUCUGCUUCAUCUCCUUUCUCUUCCUUUUCUCUCCUCCUAGCUUUUCACUAACUGUAUUUCUCCUAGUUUCCAAUAUUGGCCAACUUAGCAUAUCACCUUGCUUUUGGCAUUUAGGUCUGGCGGUGUUCCUGAGAACAGCUUCCUCAGAUAUUUCGUGAGCUAAGCCCUAACUGUCCAGAAGAGUACGAGCUGAAACCUGUUAUCUGAUCAGAAGGAUCGGCCAGGCUUGCUGGGCUGUGGACGUCCCAGGCCCCUCCACCUUGCCCCCUGUGGAUAGGGGGGGCCGGGUGAGCAGGCAGCUGGGCUAUGGUUUGGUGUCUCAAUCUGGCCAUCCUCAGCCUGAUCAUCAGCCAAGGGGUUGACGGUGAAGGGAAUUCUGAGGUGGUACCUGUGGUGGGCCGGGCUGGGGAGAGUGCUGUGCUGGGCUGUGAUCUGCUGCCUCCAGCUGGCCGGCCCCCUCUACACGUCAUUGAGUGGCUACGCUUUGGGUUCCUGCUUCCCAUCUUCAUCCAGUUUGGACUCUACUCUCCCCGAGUGGACCCUGAUUACGUGGGGAGAGUCCGGCUGCAGAAGGGAGCAUCUCUCCAGAUCGAGGGGCUCCGGGUGGAAGACCAGGGCUGGUACGAGUGCCGCGUGCUCUUCCUGGACAAGCACAGCCCCGAAGAUGAUUCUGCUAAUGGCUCCUGGGUGUUUCUCAUGGUCAAUUCACCCCCUCAGUUCCUGGAGACACCUCCCCAGGUGCUGGAAGUUCAGGAAUUGGAGCCCUUGACCUUGCGUUGUGUGGCCCGUGGCAGCCCCCAGCCUCAUGUGACUUGGAAGCUCCAAGGACAGGACCUUGGCCAGGGCCAUGGCCAGAUGCAGGUGCAGAACGGGUCGCUGUGGAUUCGACGGGUGGAGCGAGGCAGCUCUGGGACCUACACCUGCCAAGCCUCCAGUACUGAGGGCAGCACCACCCACACCACCCAGCUGAUUGUGCUAGGACCCCCAGUCAUCGUGGUGCCCCCCAACAACAGCACGGUCAAUGCCUCCCAGGAUAUUUCAUUGGCUUGCCAGGCUGAGGCGUACCCUGCUAACCUCACCUAUAGCUGGUUCCAGGACAGUAUCAAUGUCUUCCACAUUAGCCGCCUGCAGUCACGAGUGCGGAUCCUGGUGGAUGGAAGCCUGUGGCUGCAGGCUGUCCAGCCUGAUGAUGCUGGCCUCUACACCUGUGUGCCCAGCAAUGGCCUCCUACACCCACCCUCAGCCUCUGCCUACCUCACCGUGCUCUGUAAGACUGACCCCUGCUCCCCUCAAAGCUCUCUCCCCAUGGGCCAGGCCAAGGUCUUCCUGCAUAAUUUGCCACUGUUUUCCCUAGACCCAGCCCAGGCAACAGCGAUGCCUCCCGAGACACCCCUGCCCAUAGGCAUGCGUGGGGUGAUCCGCUGCCCAGUUCGUGCCAACCCCCCACUGCUCUUUGUCAGUUGGACCAAGGAUGGGCAGGCCCUUCAGCUGGAGAAGUUCCCUGGCUGGUCCCAGGGCCCAGAAGGGUCACUUGUCAUUGCCCUGGGGAAUGAGGACGUUCUGGGAGAAUACUCCUGUACCCCCUACAAUAGUCUUGGCACUGCAGGGCCCUCCCCAGUGACACGCGUGUUGCUCAAGGCCCCCCCAGCUUUUCUAGAACGGCCCAAAGAAGAAUAUUUCCAAGAAGUAGGGCGGGAGCUACUCAUCCCCUGCUCUGCUCAAGGAGACCCUCCUCCUAUUGUCUCCUGGGCCAAGGUGGGCCGGGGGCUGAAGGGCCAGGCCCAGGUGGACAGCAACAGUAGCCUCAUCCUUCGACCAUUGACCAAGGAGGCCCAUGGGCGCUGGGAGUGCAUCGCCAGCAAUGCUGUAGCCCAAGUGGCCACCUCCACGUAUGUCUACGUGCUGGGCACCAGCCCCCAUGUUGUUACCAAUGUGUCCGUGGUGCCUUUGCCCAAGGGUGCCAAUGUCUCCUGGGAGCCUGGCUUUGAUGGUGGUUAUCUGCAGAGAUUCAGCGUCUGGUAUACCCCAUUGGCCAAGCAUCCAGACCGAGCCCACCAUGAUUGGGUGUCCCUGGCGGUGCCUGUGGGGGCUGCUCACCUCCUUGUACCAGGGCUGCAGCCCCACUGCCAGUACCAGUUCAGUGUCCUAGCUCAGAACAAGCUGGGAAGUGGGCCCUUCAGCGAGAUCGUUCUGUCUGCCCCUGAAGGGCUUUCUACCACACCAGCUGCCCCCAGGCUUCCUAUGACAGAGAUGGCACCUCCCCUGUCCCCUCCCAGAGGUCUGGUGGCAGUGAGGACACCCCGGGGGGUACUACUGCAUUGGGAUCCCCCAGAAUUGGUCCCUCAGAGACUGGAUGGCUACAUCCUAGAGGGUCGACAAGGCGCCCAGGGCUGGGAGGUGCUGGACCGGGCUGUGGCAGGCACGGAAAUGCAGUUGCUGGUGCCUGGCCUUAUUAAGGAUGUUCUCUACGAGUUUCGCCUUGUGGCCUUGGCUGGUGGCUAUGUCAGCAAUCCCAGCAACUUGGCCAACGUCUCUACUUCUGGCCUGGAGGUCUACCCGUCACGCACCCAGCUGCCAGGCCUCCUGCCACAGCCUGUACUGGCCGGCGUUCUGGGUGGGCUCUGCUUCCUAGGGGCAGCUGUCCUUGUGAGCAUCCUGGCUGCUUGCCUAACCAGCCAACGCAGGGCUGUCCGCCACCGCCACCGCAAGCACCUCCGCCAAGAUCUACCUCUUAUCUUCUCUCCACCCCGGCUGUCAGCUCCACUGUCUGUUCCAGGCUCAGGCAGUCCUGACAGUGUGGCCAAGCUGAAGCUCCAGGCUUCCCCAGUCCCCAGCAUGUGCCAGAGUCUGCUCUGUGGGGAACCCACUAGACCCCCCAGUUCCCCUCCAGAUCCUUCACCUAGCUGGGGACCCUUGCCCUUGGAGCCCAUUUGCCGGGGACCAGAUGGGCGCUUUGUGAUGGGACCCAAUGUGGGGACCUCCCAAGAAAGGUCAGGCCCUGAGCAGGUCGAACCUCGGACCCUGGCCCAGUGUCAGACCAGGCCCUAUGACUGCAGCAGCAGCAGCAGCAGCCCCAGUGGGCUGCCCCAGCCCCUCUGCAUUGCAGACAUCAGCCCUGUGGAGCCCUCUCUUGCAUCCUCACCCAGUCCCCUGCCAGGUGCAGGACCCCUGCUCCAGUACCUGAGCCUGCCCUUCUUCCGGGAGAUGAAUGUGGAUGGGGACUGGCCCCCUUUUGAGGAGCCUGAUUCUGCUGUACCCUCAGAUUACACGGACAUUCAGCCCUGCCAGACCUCACCUCUCCUUCAACCCCUGGACUCCCCCCCGGGAUCCCCCAGGGCAGUACUUCCUGGAGCUGUAGUCUGUACUGGGGCUGUCACAGAGCCUGCAUACACAGCACUGGCUGACUGGACACUGAGGGAACGGCUGCUCUCAAGCCUUGUCCCUGGUGCCCCUCGGGGCAGCCUCACCAGCCAGAGCAGUGGGCGGGGCAGUGCCUCUUUUUUUCGGCCCCCUUCCACUGCCCCCUCAGCAGGAGGCAGCUACCUCAGCCCCACUCCAGGAGACACCAGCAGCUGGGCCAGUGGCCCUGAGAGGUGGCCCCGAAGGGACCAUGUGGUGACAGUCAGCAAGAGGAGGAACACAUCUGUGGAUGAGAACUAUGAAUGGGAUUCAGAAUUCACUGGGGACAUGGAAUUGCUGGAGACUCUGUACCGGGGCUUGGCUGGCCCUCGACCCCGACUUGAAGCUGAGUCAGAGCUAGGUGCCAAGACUCCAGAGGUGGGCUGUCUCCUGAACACUGCCCAUACUCCUGGGCCUGAGGCCCGCUGUGCCGCACUUCGGGAAGAAUUCCUGGCCUUCCGCCGCCGCCAAGAUGCCACUAGGGCCCGGCUACCAGCCUAUUGGCAGCCAGUCCCUCAUUCUGAACAGGCCACUCUGCUGUGAACACCCUAAUGUCAGGGUGAAGGUACAUGGACCCUGCAAAGGAGGCCCCAGCAAGACCCAGCUGUGGCCUAGGAAACUGCCCAUGCCCCUUUGAGACUUAGGCAUAGAUGUUGACUGUGGGCUUGAGUGGGCAUAGUGUGGGGUGUAUGUGCUGAGCCCCUAGAGCCUGGGGACUAGAACAGGGAUCCUAGGUCUACCAGAGGGUGUGUGUGUGUGUGUGUGUGUUCAUAGUCUGGGUAAUGUUUUAUAUGGGUGAAUAAAGAAAAUCUGGAAAAUGUU